CGAAGCUUUGCGUGUCGGUCUACACAGGAAUCAUGAGUUCACAUGGCUCUCCGGUAAAGGUGUAUAUUCGCAUCCGACCCACAGCCAGUUUUGCCCAUGAGCUUAUUGAAUGCCUACCAGACCAGCAGACUUUGAGAGUACGGUCGAGGAAAGGCUCCAAGAAAGGAAAGAGAAAUAAUCAUAUGAGGUUAUUUCAGCUAAAUGGGGUGUUGCAUAAUGUGUCACAAGAAGACCUGUAUGAUCGUGUUGCCCGGAAUGUAGUGCUGGGAGCCUUCAAGGGCUACAAUGGUACAAUAAUGUGCUUUGGGCAAACCGGAGCAGGGAAAACAUACACAAUGACAGGUGCUGCAGAGACUUACAAACAGAGAGGCAUCAUUCCUCGAGCCAUACAAGAGGUUUUCCAGGAAGUGGAACAGCGUGCAGAUUAUACCUUCUCUGUUCAUCUUUCCUUUCUGGAAAUCUAUAAUGAGACUAUGGUAGACUUGCUGUCCAGCUUAAAGAAGGGAAAGGCUCCAGGUAGUGGUGUCUUCACUGUGGUCGAAGAACCUGGUGGCGGAGUGUCAGUUAAAGGCUUGUCUAUACAUCUGGUUCACAACGAAGAAGAGGCUCUUAAUCUGCUUUUCGAGGGAGAAAUGAACCGAAUUAUUGGAGAACAUGCUCUUAAUAAACAUUCCUCCAGGUCUCAUUGUAUAUUUACUAUUCACAUUGAGUCUCGCUCUCGCAUGCUGUCAGAGGCAAAAUACAUCACCUCUAAACUGAACCUGGUGGACCUGGCAGGAUCAGAAAGACUUAGCAAAACUGGGUCAGAGGGCCAAGUCCAAAUGGAGGCCAUGUAUAUCAACAAGUCCCUGUCUUUCCUGGAGCAAGUCAUCUUGGCUUUAGCUGACAGUCGUAGGGAGCACGUUCCCUUCAGGCAGAGCAAACUUACACAUGCACUCAAAGACUCGCUCGGAGGAAACUGUAAUACAGUGCUUGUUGCAAACAUAUAUGGUGAAGCUUCACAAAUUGAGGAAACGCUUUCAACUCUUCGCUUUGCCACCAGGAUGAAAUGUGUGCAGACAAAGCCAUCAAUAAAUGAACAUAUUGACCCAGUGAUUCAGGUACAAAGACUGGAGAAAGAAAUCCAGUUUCUUAAGGAGGAAUUGUCUUCGUAUAACCCGUUGACUAACCGGUUUACUAAUGAGAUCCUGUCAGAGACACAGGUGAAGGAGGUGAGGACUCAGGUGCAGAGAUACCUGUCUGGAUCACUCACCGAGAUUCCGAUUGUAAGCAGUACGCAAAUCCAGGAGGUGUUUUCCCAGUUUAAAAAAGUGAUGCUGGAGCAGCAAAAGAAACUGCAAGAGAAGCUCUGUCAAAGAAACACUUGUGUUGAGAAAGCUAUGAACACAACUCCGUCUACUGUUUCAGAGAAGUCAGGAGGUGCUGUUGGAGAGGUGGACAGUUUUGGCUAUGGCCUUGGUUUAGCUAAAUCUUCACAAAGACAUCAACAAGCUGUGUCACCUAAAUCAAAUAAAGCAAGAAAGGACAAACAGAUCAACAGAAAGGAAGUGGCAGUGGAAAACUCAAAUGUACAGCUCGAACAGCCUCUAACCAUGAGCGAGUCUGACUUGAUCACAGACAAACCACAACCUCCAGAAGAACAACAACCCACCACUGACUCUCCUCCACCUAAAGCUGAAGCUUUUGAGGAUUUCAAGGCAGAACGGGGAAGUGAGAUCAACCGCAUACUGAAGGAGAACAAAGCUGUGCUGUCUGAACGCACGUCCCAGUUACGUGCACUUACUAAUGUCAUCAAUGUGACCAAGAGGGAGAUUGACCACAUUACGUCUGAUCUACGGCAAUUCAGAGAACAGAGACAAGGCCAAGGUGAGUUUAUGAGUGCUGAUGGGGAACCUGUGCUGGAGGAGGAAGAGCUUUCUCUAGUGAUGAAGCUGAAGGUGCUCAAGAACAAAUAUAGACAGACCUAUGAGGAGCUGAGAACCACAGAGACUGAGAUCAGAUACUGUGAGCAUCUGGUGAAUCAGUGCCGCAUGCGGCUGCUAACAGAGUUUGAGAGUUGGUACAAUGAGUCUUUCCUGUUGCCGGGUGAGGUGUUGUCAGUCCUAGAAGAUGGACCAGUAAGGCCAGGUCACAUACCUGUGAACAAAGCAUUAACUCUGAUGGAGGAUGACGACCAUCAGAAGCCACAUGCAGACACUUCCAGCGCUGUGUCCUUUUACAAUGCCUACAAUAGAACUUUACAGAGAAGAGGAAGCAGACAGGUUUCUCAGAGUCCAGACUCUGUGAGAGGCAGCAGAAGUAAGAUGAAACUUCCUCCUAUCCUCUCCGUCAUCUGAUGAACACACGUCCGUAAGCCCACAGCCUCAGUCUAUGCAGUCUUUUACACUUGCUGGAUGUUUGAGAUUGGCUGGACAUACAGUAUAAACAUCUUCUAUCUGAAA